CCGCCUUCGUCUUUCUCUGUCUCCACUAAGGCAGCCAUCUUGCUCUUGCCGCGUGCUGGUGUUUGAGGACCCUCCCUGCUUCAGAUUUACCAUCAGCAUGAAUCAAGAAAAGUUAGCCAAACUUCAGGCUCAGGUCCGGAUAGGGGGCAAGGGUACAGCUCGCAGAAAGAAGAAGGUGGUACAUAGAACAGCUACAGCUGAUGACAAAAAGCUUCAGAGUUCUCUUAAAAAGUUGGCUGUGAAUAAUAUAGCUGGUAUUGAAGAGGUAAACAUGAUUAAAGAUGAUGGAACAGUUAUUCACUUCAACAAUCCCAAGGUCCAAGCUUCCCUCUCUGCUAACACGUUUGCUAUUACUGGCCAUGCAGAAGCCAAACCAAUCACAGAAAUGCUGCCUGGAAUAUUAAGUCAGCUUGGUGCUGACAGCUUAACAAGUCUUAGGAAAUUAGCUGAACAGUUCCCCAGGCAAGUGUUGGAUAGCAAAACCCCAAAGCCAGAAGACAUUGAUGAGGAAGAUGAUGAUGUUCCAGAUCUCGUAGAAAAUUUUGAUGAGGCAUCAAAGAAUGAAGCUAACUAAAAUCUUUUCUGGUUUUUGGAAGCUGGCAUGGACUAGAUUUAACAGAUCAGCUAUGUGGUUCCAAAGUUUUACAGACACAGAGAACAUCACCUGUUAGUAGUGCAGUAAUAUAAAUAUUUUGUAUAUUAAUAAUGCUGUUUGUUCAGCAUAUUUGGUCAUUUGAUUUGCAUUUUGCACUUCCUCCCAGGAUCUAAUAUUUUGGUCAAAAUGCGAAGUAUCGGUGCAGUUUGAGGGUGUUUUGGGUUUUCGAUUCUUGAUUUUUUCUUUUUCUUUUUUUUGGUUGGGGAGUUUUUGGUGUGUGUGUGUAUGUAUGCAUGUGGGUAUGUAUGUGUACAGUGGGGAACAAAUUGGAAACAGUUCUAUUUAUCCUUCCCCUUACCCUAGUAGAAAUAAAACAAAUCUUUGCAUUUGUUAGUUUUUUUUUCCCCCCCAAUAAUAUACAGAAUUAGUAAGACGUGAGUAACGUGGACUUCAAACCGGAAGAGAUUUUACCAUGGAGAUUUGAUUUUAGUAUGUUUGUAACUUUCAUGUGUUUAUGCAUUUCUCUGGGUUUAAAAUGUCUUGAGAUAUUUACCAUCAGCUUCAUGCUGGAGUAAUGGGUAGCAUAUCUGUGCAGUUACUUAGGUUCAUAUAUCAAGUCAAACCCAGAGGAAUAAUACCUUACUAGCUUUUUCCUUCCUAAUUCCCUUUUUCCUCUCUGUUUGGUGUCAAAAUGGCAUGGUCAGCCUUGGGCAAUGCUCUUCUUCAUCUCAAGCUUAGCUCGAGGAGGCCGUUUUCCAUCUAGAGUUCGUGAGUGCCUACUCCCUCUCAUUGCAAGAUUUUGCUUCCUCAUCCGGAGGGGCAACAGCUCCAGCCUUACCUUUGAAUUUUACAGUUGAGUACAUUUCAAACUGGAAUAGCUAGCAUGUGCUUGCUAAAUAAUUUUGUCAGCCUUACCCUGUAUCCUAGCUGUUCUUAUAGCAAUUGUGAACACGCCUCUUUUUCAGCAAGGUUGAAAUUGGAAAUGUCUUUUGAAUCAACAAAAAAAAAUCAGCCAUAGACAUCCCUUAGCACAAGACGGACAGGCAGGCGGGCAUUCUAUAAAAUGGUAUUGGCCUCAGAUGAUAAGAUUUCUUCAUCCACUCUCCCAUGCUUGGCCUGAGACCUACUUCUAGGUUGGAUCUUACUGUUGUAGCUGCUCACAGCACUCCUUCUGCAUGCUUAGUGUAAUGCUUUGGGGAGAACACUGGGAAAACAGUAUUUAUUUUUCCACCUCCUUUCAGGCGACUUGGAGGUAAGUUGCAUUCCUUCACCCAUUUCGCUCUUGUCUGAUGAUAAAAGCUUGCAUUUUUCUCUAUCAGCAUUAGUUAUGUAGCCAAUAGUUAGGAUAAGACUUUAGAAAAUCUUUUGUUUCUAGCCAGUCACGAAGCUAACUAUGGCUUAACCGCACAGGGCAUCAACUUUUGUUUCAAGCUGGAUAUCUUAAUUUGAUAUCUAAAGUACAACACUAACAACAGAGCAAGAGAUCUUUAGACAAAAAGGCAAAGCUUUUUUGUUUUCCAUCAAGACACCUCAGUUUAUUUUAUAAAUUUGUUCAGUUUUUCCUGUUAUGUUUUAUAUAAUAUUUGGACUUAAGUACAAAAUAAAAUGACCGUACAAAAGAGGGUAAUAUUUCCUCUUCUGCUUC